AUGACUGAACCCAACACCUCGUCGACCCUGUCUCUGCCAUACACCAGAGGUUAUGACCGGGUGAUCAUCGACUCCAAGGAUCUGGCCCAGACAGGCAGGGUCUCCGACAAUGACCUGCUUUUAGCGCUGUCUCAUACCAUGAACCGUUCUGUCGACAAUAUCAAACACAGACUGGACUAUCUGAGCGGGUUGGACGAAUCUCAAAUCAAGCGAAUACGACACGCACGGUACCCGAGCACGAUUGAUUGGGAGUCGCUAUUCACCUUUCUCUCAGACAGAAACUGGAGCGCUCUACGGGCUUCUUCCAACUCCAGAGAUAAUGUGUGGGCCAAGUUUGACCCCAUUGAAGAUGUGCUGUUGCUAUAUCACGUGUACACGAGUACGUCGUUACACGAUGCCAUCGACCAGCUUGGACAGCAGUUUCCGCAUCGCCUGAAGAAACAUUGGAGAAGCCGAUACACGCUGUUGAAGAACCAGUAUUCUCCUGAACAGCUGGAGACUCGAAUGAAGGACGCUGAGCGCAUGUUCAUUCUUGAUACAACCCUCGCAUACUUUCAACAAAAGUUCCCGCGGUUCUAUUCGACAAAUUCAGACCCCAAUCGACCGUGGUUUGAUGAAGAUGACAAGGAGGACGACGAAGGAGACGCCGAUGGACCCCAGACCAUGUUUUCCAGCUCUGAGGACAAGUUCAUUCUAGACACAAAUGCCCUGUUUGCCUCCAAGCGCGUUCCCGACCGUUUGUUGCUCAAGAUUCUUGAAUUUGUGCUUUCGAUCGGUCCCUAUACUAUCAGGAAACAUCUGGCUGAGCUGCGACAAGAGUCGGAGAUGGUCACACUUGCGCUCAAAGAGUCCGCAUUGCCUGAGAACGUCGAUUGGCCAAAAUUCGAAUCUGCAAUCAUGAAUUUGGACGAAAACUCGACGGUGGCAGACCUGAAAUGGCCCGAAAUCACCGAGGCUGUGUCAUGGGAGGCUGGCAAGUUCUCGACCAACGAAGACCGAUGUCUGAUGGCGCAUCUGGAGGUAGCUGCUACCAUUUUCGAUGGAGCUCGAGCUGUUCAUCGAAAGUAUCCGCACAAGAGCCUUCAGCAGUGGCACAAGAGAUACUAUAGAUUGCUGGCAGACAAGGGCAGUGUUUCGAAAACCACUCGAAUCGCUGCAGCUCGUUUCAGCGAACGAGAAAGUGAAGAGCUGUUUGUGGAGCAGUAUCCCGAUGUUUACAGGUUCAAGGACAAUAAGUUCAGCAUCAUUGGUGAAGAAGAUACAGUUGUUGAAGAGCCCCAACCAGAGCCUCCAUCCGAGCCUAUCCCCGAACAUAUUCCCAACCCCAUUCCCGAACCUGAGGAGGUGCUUGCUAAUGUUCCCAGGCCUCAACAGACCCUGCCCUCUGGUUAUGAUACCUCCAAGUUCACCCGAACCCAGGAUAAGGUGAUUUACGCAGCUAACAAGACCGCCACAGAAAACAAUGUCACCAUUGAGGUGCUUGUUCAGACGGUGUCGUAUGUUUUGAACAGAGACCCCGAGCUAGUUCGUCAGAGACUCGUCACUAUCACCACCGAAAUGUCUCAGAACGAGAUCGCCCGCCUCCAGCGUCACAACUACCCCUAUGGAAUUGACUGGCAUCAAAUAAAGGACUUCCUGAUCUCUGCCCAGAGCAAACCAAAGGAGGCUGUUGAUUGGAACGAGCUGUAUACCCGUUCUCGAGCAUUCAACGUCAAGAAGCGACUGGAUGACAAGGAGAGAAAGGCUCUCCUGGCGAUCGCUCACUCGGAAAAGACUCCUGUGGCUGCCAUGAUGAAACUCCACAGCCUGUACCCUCAUCGAUCAAGACACGCCUGGAGUGACUCUUUGCGAAUUCUCAAAUCCAAGCCGAACUACCUGGAAGAGGUUCGAGUCGCUAAACAGGAGUAUGACCACGUCACCUUCAAAGAGCACUUUACUAAGUCGUUCCCCGAAUACUAUGGUGCAAAGGAGGUGAUUCGAACCGUUGUUGACAACAAUCACAACCCCAAGGGUAAGCCUCGAACUGAAGGCUCUCGGUAUCCUCUUAAACCGCUCAAGAGCAAGCGUGUUCAUGUGGACGAGCCCAAUGCCGAGUCUGAGAAGUCUCUUCCUGCUGCCCCUACAACUUCAGCCCCCAAGAAGUCUCGAAAGAAACGCACCAAGCUGUUGAAGGACGAGGCUGAGCAACUCAAGGCUGAGGAUCUCAUUCGUACCGUGGUUCAGGAUGCUGUUGACGAGGGCCAUGUGGAUCCCAAGGACCCUGCUGCUGCUGACGGUCUCAGACCUCGUAGAAAGCGAAAGGCUGCUGCUCAGAUUGGAUCUCUUGCGGAAGCUGAAAUCGAAGAGCACGACGAACAGCUUUCCGAAUCGCAGCAGUCGCAGCAAGCUCCCAUUGAGGGCGAUGAUAUGUCUAUGAUGGAUCUUUCAGUCGACUCCAUCAACGAGGAGGAUCUCAUGCGUGCUGUUCAGAACGCUACCAAUUCUGUCGAUGACCACAUCUUGAUGGAACCCAAUGUGGUGGAUGUGGCUGUUGCUGCUGCUGCUAUGCGACCUGAGCCGGCCGAAGAAAAGGAGAAGAGAGAUAAGGACGAGGCCUUUGUGCCAGAAGACGAUGAUGACGAGGAAGAAGAGAUGUUUAACUAA